CCAAUCUCCGCUUUUUUGGCUGAAGGUUGCUGGCUUUCCUUAUUUUGGCUUUGCUUUGAUUACUAUUGUCCUGUGUAUCAAUGUCUAGUACAUUUAAGGCACGGUCGAAGUUUCGCUUGGCUUUGGUGCAGUUACAUGUGUCAAAGAUCAAGGCGGACAACUUGGGAAGAGCACAAAAAAUUGUGAAGGAGGCUGCAAGACAAGAUGCAAAAAUUGUAGUGUUGCCUGAGUGCUUCAACUGUGGAUCCAGGUUCUUUGCCGAGUAUGCUGAGAAGAUCCCAGGAGAGACCACACAGGUGUUGUCGCAGGCAGCCAAGGAGUGUGGGGUUUAUUUAGUGGGCGGAUCCAUUCCUGAGGAGGACGGAGGAAAGCUCUAUAACACCUGCUCAAUUUUUGGGCCUGAUGGAAAGCUGCUUGUCAAACACAGGAAAAUUCAUCUUUAUGAUAUUGAUGUACCAGGGAAAAUACGGUUUCAGGAGUCUGCAACACUAAGUCCGGGAAACAGUUUAUCCAUGUUUGAAACCCCAUUUUGCAAAGUAGGUGUGGGAAUAUGUUAUGACAUCAGAUUUGCAGAGCUGGCACAGAUCUAUGCUAAAAAAGGUUGCCAGCUUUUGGUAUAUCCUGGUGCCUUCAAUAUGACCACGGGUCCAGCUCACUGGGAGCUGCUGCAGAGGGGGAGGGCAGUGGAUAAUCAGGUCUAUGUAGCCGCUGCUUCACCAGCAAGAGAUGAAAGCGCCAGCUAUGUGGCCUGGGGUCACAGCUCUGUGGUUAACCCUUGGUCAGUGCUUUCUGUCGGGUUAUGCAAUUACAUGACAUUUACUUUUAGUCUAACCAGUUAA